CGAGUGAUAUUGAUUACGUUGAAAACUUAUAUCUAUUUCAUUUUGUUAAGAGGAAUUUAUAUCAAAGUUCUUUUUCUUCACCGGUUGAAGAAAAAAUAAUUCAAGGAGGAUAUGCGGGUCUGGAACAUGGUUAUUGGAUUUAUCAACUAAAUAUGAGAAUUCCGAUUUUUUUUGGACUUGAUUUUCAGGCAAUCUAUCCGCAAGAGGAUGGAUUACCAUUCCCUGAUAACAUAUUUGAUUUUGUACAUCAAGAUAACAUGAUUAGUAUCUUACAAAGAACUCAAUGGGAAUUCGUUUUAUCUGAGCUCAUUAGAGUAACUAAACCAGGUGGAUAUAUUGAAAUAUCUGAAACGAUUCCAACGUUUAAUGGCUUUGGACCAAUCAUGCAAAAAUUUUUUAACAUUUUAUAUUCUUCCCUCUUAAAACAAGAUGUGGACGUAAAAGUAGUAUAUGAUCUUGAAUCAAUGCUUGAAUCACAACCAAACAUAACAAAAGUUCAUCGAGAUGAAAGAGAGAUUAUUAUGGGACCUAAUAGUGGAAAAAUUGGAAUAGCUUGUCAAGAGAUAUUUGAAUCGUUUUGUAAUACAAAGAUGACGAUUGAAAUUUUAAGUUCCGAAACAGGAAUCUCGAAAGAAGAAUAUAAAAGGAUGAUGGGAGAUAUCACAAAUGAAUUAAAAGAAACCAGACCCGAAUUUAUAAAUUUUAGAUUAUGGGCUCAAAAAAUGUAA